AUGCCACGAAAACUGCCCUGGGCGACUUCGAUUCUAAAACCGCCGACCUCCCGCAGCUCACCCCCGAACAAGCGCCGAAGAACCUCUGUACCCACCACCUCCUCCUCCUCCCCAGCACCAGCUCGCAAACCCAUACCACCCACCACCACCACUACUGCUACUGAUAAGGACGGGGAUAGCGAUAAGGAUGCAGACCUCUCAAUACCCGUGUACAUGCUGCCCAGCGACGAGCGCUACAUCAUGGUCGAGGACGAGUUCCUCUCUGUCGCGCAGACAUACACGCGCUCGCUGCACCGCGCAGAGUACGAACGUCUGCAGCGGCUCGCCAAGACGACACACGCACGGCGCAUCACGGAGAUCCAGCGCCCUGUUGCGGGCGUGCAGCGGAUGAGUAAAGCUGCGGUGCUGAAAAAGGACGACAGCGACAGCGACAGCGAUGAGGACGUGGUGGUCCAUAAUGUCUGGGGUAAGAGUAGUCUGGGACUACUCAUGUGUCGGCCGAAAGACGAGGAGAAGGACUUGUCCGUGAGUUGGAAGGUCGGUGCUGGGGCGAGGCCGGCGGCAAAGGUGCCCAGGGCGGCUAAGGGGAAGCCGUUGGAGAGGCCGGGGGUGAAGCGGGAGAGGCCGGUGGUUAAGAGGGAGCCUGUGGGGAGAUUACAGUCCGUGAAGGAGUCUACGCUCCCUGUACCGUGUUCCUGCGCUUCUACCGCGUCUGAAGAGACCUCAGAUGACGACGACGACCUAGAUGCCCCUGUUGUCCGUAAAAACCAGGCCCAGACCCAGAACCAGACCAAAGCCUCAGCCACCUCCCUCCGAUCCUCUCCCCCUUCGUUCCCCUCGUCCCUGUCAUCUAUGCCGUCAUUCUCACAGCCACAGUCCUCGCAGCCAGGGCCUUAUCUACGCCCUUCGCAGAUCAAGAGGGAGAUACCUGAUUUCGACUUCGGCUUCGAAGCAGUGAACCAGCGGAGCGCGGCAUAUCGUGGCCGGGCCAUGGCAAGAAGACAGGCGGAGAGCUUGGCUCAUAAGAGGUAG